GCCAAGUGCACCAGGGCCUAAAGAAAUUAAGUGUACACGUAAGAUCAUGUCAAAGCAUCUUCCUUGAAUACAAUUGGAUACUACCUCGGUUGCAGUAAUUGAAGUGUUUCUCAAGAUUUCUAAUCUAAAUGGGGUAUUUAAGCUGUUUUUGUGUUGGACUUGGUAAAAAUAGCUUGUCCUAUUUAUUUUAUGUUUAACUUUCUAACAUCUUUGUUCUCAGAGGCUGCAAUUUGGGUUUGAUCUCUGCCCAACACCGUUAUUUAAAUGAAGGGCCUUAAAUGUUCGAAAUUGCAGGAGGAAAGCAUUUUCUGUCCUCUUUAGGCAUGUGUUCAGUUGAACUUUCAUCAGCUCUUGAAUUGAACCACUGUGACAUGAGCAAGGCAUCAAUCUCAACAGGUGCAGUUCAUUGCUGCCAUGGUACGUUUUGGGGAGCGGGUUAGGUUUUGUGGUUUAGGUGAUGGAGUCAUCACUGGUCUUGCAUCAUACGUGAUGUUACCUUUGUUACCUUUUCAGCCUCCCUGAUCUUUGGCCAAGAUCUUGAACUUCAGAAAGCCUUGCUUGCGUUUGUUACCGUGUUCUCGUUAUGUUCUUGAACUCACGGUCUGAUGUGGUAUAACUGCUCUAAACCCAACUACCUGCUUGGUUACAGCUGAGCUUGAUAACCUUCAUGUAGGAAAUAGGUCAUGGUAGGUGUCAAGUCCGACAGCUAUUCUAAGGCUUGAAAUAUUCAUUCUAUAGCAAUGAUUAAAAAUCUGAACCUUCUCCAUAGAGAGAAUCAGAAUCUGGAAUUUGAGAGUGUUUUUAACCUUUGAUCUGUUAUUCUCUGAAGUUCUCUGAGCAGGUGUGUGUGGGGUUGGCAGGUGUUGUCAGGAAACGUGUAAUAAUUCAGUCAGCAAUAAUUUGUGUGUUUGGGGAUGGAGAAGGAAGUAGCAACAAUUGUUAGUCCAUAUCAGGCAUUGUUUGGUGCUUUGAAACAGUUAAUUUAGUGAGUCUAUCUUGGUGCCAGCUUCUAGGUAAUGCAGCUGCCAAUGUUUCCCAAGCCCUGGUCAGGUAGUUCUGUGAGUGCUUGGGGUGGGUUGUUACUUUCCAGGGUGGCAGCAAUUCAGAGUGUUUGAGUCUUCAGGUUCAGGAGUGAACUCUUCUGUGAGCAAGUGGGACGUGAACUUGUGGCAUCUUGCCCUUGAAACUGCAAAGCACUGUGCUGAAACCUGCAACCAGUUCUGAGUGGUGCAGUCUAUUCCAGGCAAGCUACAAGCAGAGCUAAGGAUGCAGGCCUGAAAAUCCAUGUAUGGAAGUAAAGGAGAGGAUGCCAGAGGAUAUUCUAUGUCUGUGCUUAUUGCCCAAGCAAAAAGCUAUUCCAGAUGGGUGUAUCCUGUCCAGCUCUUGCAAGAGCCUGGGGUUAUGCUGCUACAGUGGGUUAGCCCUAGUUUGGGAAUGAGCUGCAGAAAGGUGUUUUGGGUGAGGGUGAUCUGAUUCCAUUUCCUCAGGCUUUCUGCUCAUUCCCUUCAGUACCUGGCUGGCAUCAAGGUGAAUGCAAGCUGCAUCAGCUGGGGGUGAACAUUCAUCUUCCACACAUCAGGAGCAGCAAUGGGGUUGUCAGUAUGGGAAGUUUCCAUUUGCCUCAUACCCUGUCAUGGAGCCAAGGCGGAGCUGGGAGGAGGGAGAAGCAAACAAAGCCCUGCUUUCAACCAGGGCAGGGGCUCAGCCUGCCUGCCUUGUACUGGGUAGCACGGUGCUUCUUGCUUCCCUCCUCGUGUUGCUUUCUGUCUCCUGGUAACAUUGCUUACAUCAGAGAUGGUAUAUGUUGGUACCAUGGCUGCAUUUUAGGGUGCAGAAAGCUUCCUGUGUUCUGAGCUGCUCUGAAGGCUGGAGCUCCAGGAGGAAUGAACAGAACUCACCCCCAGAGAAAUGGUGAUGUAACUACUUUUGAUUCAGCCGAGUCGUCCUCUGAAGAACAAGGCUGCUGCCAGCCGCGCUGUGCCCGCCUGUGCUGCCCACCGAGACGGGCCUUCAUUGUGCUGCUGCUCCUGGCUGCCAUAGUGGCCAUCGUGGGCCUGGCAAUCGCACUGGGACUGCAGCCACAUGCACCGGUGAACCGCCACUGUGUAGCCACUCAUAACUGGACAGGCUUCUUGUGCGAUGACAGAGUGACCUGCAUCCCAGCCAGCCAUGUCUGUGAUGGAGCUGCCAACUGCAGAAAUGGAGAGGAUGAGCAGGAGAAACUCUGUGGUGACCUGCCCCGCAGCCUGCCAGCAUACCUGAUUUUUCACUGCAGUAACUCGAAGCGCUGGGUCUAUGCUGACCAGAGAUGUAAUGGGAUGAAUGACUGUGGAGACUGCUCUGAUGAGACGGGGAGCUUGGCUGCCUGCCCUCCCUGCGGCCCAGCGUGGUGGAGCUGCAGCCCUGUUCACUACCAAUACUGCUCCUGUGUGCCCAGGGCGCAGUGCCGGGAUGGUGUGCAGCACUGCGUGAGCUGGUCGGACGAGUACAUCUGCAGGCCGUGAGGUCUGAGCACCAAGAAGCAUUAGACGUGGCAAGGUGCUUCCUGCACUGUCACUUCCUGCUGUGUCACCACCCUGGAAGCUCUGGCACAAGCAGGCCCAGGUGAGCAGCUGCUACAGGCCUGCAGCAGAAAUGGGUGUUAUGCUGCUGGCAUCCCAGUGCCGCAGGCUGGACAUCAGCUGUGGGAUGCCUCUGUGGGUUCUCCUGAGCACAUACAUCUCUUGGGGCUCUGGGGGUGCAGAGUGGCAGCUUGGUGCUUAAUGAGCAGCUGUUGGAUUGAGAUGUGUUAUAGUGCAGUUAGAAAGUGAAAAAGGAGGGGAACAAAAUCAGUUGCAGCCUUGGAACAGAGAGAAGAAGAAAGAAGAACAAGAGCUGCUGCCAGGCCAUGGGAUGACGUGGGUUCUGCUCAGCUUGCUCCUGUGCCAGUGCUGCAGGACUGCCUUCACAGCACCCACAAGGUAUUUAGGUACAGACAUGCCAUAGAAAUGUAAGAAAGCUGUGGUCUUCCUCUGUUCUUUUGAGAGCCUUGUCUGUGUCUGAAACAUCAAUCCCAGAUUUACUGUUCCAGGCCCCAAAAAACCACUGGGCACAGUUCUUCCUGCAGCCAUUCCAGGUCAUAGAUCUUCAAAAAUAAAUCCCACUUCACUCA